AUGACGCAGCCUGUCGAACGUUGCCUUUUUUCGGGGGACGAUGUUACAUUUGGAGCGAGGGGUGGAGGGGGAGCUGGCGGGGAAAGUGACAGCGGGACCUCGGGUGGUGAACACAGGGCCCGGGGAAGAGGACGAUAUGGAACUGGAAGGGGAAAAAGGGAUCAUUAUCGAGGCCGUGGCCGCGGCUGUCAACCUACCCCAUUUGGAAGGGGCCAGGAUGAAGGGACCAGGAUGGAUGAGGAUGAGGGGAUGGAGGUUUUCACCAAGAGGAAAUUGGAGUCGAACUGGGAUCGUUACAAGGAGUCAGAGAAGGAGGAGCCUAGUGAUGACACGCCCACACAGAGAGGGACGGACUACCACGUCCUCCUCGAAUCAGCAGGGGACUCUUUCACUCAAUUCCGCUUUUCUGAGGAGAAGGAGUGGGAUAUGGACUCAUUGGGGGCCAAUCAGUUUUCAGCCGUGUUUGUGGACCUCCCAGCCCUGGCCCAGUCUCUACAGGAGCUGCCUCUCCACCACAGACUGAACCUGGAGGCUGAACUAGUCCAGAUGACCUCUCCGGUGGAGCUACCCACUAUGACCAUGGCACCCAAACAGAACUCUGUAGCGCUGGGUGUGUUUAAGCUUACUGUCCCAGGAGUAGCUCAGAAAGGCCUUACUCCAAGCCUGGGCGUUUCCUGUGCCGAGAGCACAGCCCCAGGCACUGUUCCUCUGGGCUCCUCAGCUGCCAAGACCCCUGUGGUGGAUGACAUGGAUAAAGAUUUGGACCAGCUGCUCAGUCUACAGAGCUCAGUCUCAGAACCUUCAGCGUUCCAAACUGGCACGCUUGUGGAGGUUCCGAAUAAACCAGCAUUAGAGGAGAGGGAGGAGCUUGUUCCAGAGGAGGAGAGGGAGGAGCUUGUUCCAGAGGAGGAGGAUAAGAAGCAGGAGACACAGCAGGCCAAGGAGGAGAUUCAGAAGAAGGAGGUGGUGACAGAGGAGGACCUGGAAGACUGGCUGGACAGCAUGAUCUCCUGACCCUGAACUCUAACCUUUUGACCUUGUCUGACCUAGGAAAAGGACCGUCCAGUCCCCAAUUCAGCCCUUAUCACAUAACGAGUACAUCCCUCAGCCUCUAACAGUCUUACAUCAUAAAAUAAUCCACCACAGUCAAUACAUGGAGUACUGCUUAUAUAACGGCAGAUUCAGUAAUAUACUUUUCAUAAGAUCGACUUUGGACGAAGGCAUUGUUGGGAGUUCUUUCCCUCCCAUUUGACUGAUUCACAUCAAGUCCCAUGUUUUCUCCAUCCUACCGACUACCCUGGAUGGCUGUGGCUGUAGCCUUCGAAGUCAAAGGACAUGAAUUUCCUAUUCCUUGUGCCUUGUCAGACACGGCAAGGGGGACACACACACAUAUUUUCCCCUCUGAAAGGUUUCUGUAAUUGGAUCGAUGUUGUGAGUUAGUUGACAGCCCAUGGAAUACAGACAUGGUUUAUUGCAUUGGUUAAUUUAUUCAUUUCCAUCCCCCCUCUUCUCUUCUCAGAAAAGCAGUUUUACCAAAGUUACUACAUAUAAAUGGUCAUCCAAUAGCA